AUGGAGGCUUCUGGGGUAGCAAAAGUUGACCGCCAAACCACAACACCCUUUCAUCUAAAGCUUUUCUACAGAAAUGGCGGAUUCCACAGACUUGAUGAAUUCAGUCCCCUCUCCGAACUCCCUCCGCACUUACAAAUAUACACCUGGCAAACAUGUACUCUGCGCGAACUCUCCCACCUCCUAACUAGCGCAUUACCUACCCUAUUACCAGAACCUGCGAUCGGUACGCGUCUAGCAUUUCGCCUCAUAUUCCCAGAUACGCGCAACCCAGGUCCAGGCAGUGGGCCCGGGCGGUUUAUGCCAAGAGAUUUGGGCAGUAUAGUAAUUGGGGAUGGGGCACCUGGAAUCCUGCCAGAUGACGAGGAGGCUGAGAUCGUUGCAGGUGGGCAGAUGGCAGGCGCCUUAGAAGGCGAGCCUGAAAGGACGCUGCAAGAUGCAAGAUUUGUGAUUGGAGACUACGUUUGUUGUGCCAUUCUUCCACCGUCGCCGAAUGGGACUGUGGCUCCGUCGCCGGUUGGUGCUUCAAGGGGCGGGUUUGGAGGAGGACGAGGGAUGGGCGACUUCGGUGGACGGGGUGGAUUUGGAGGACCCAGGGAAAAUGGUUUCGGUUUUAGAGGGAGAGGCGGGCCAAGGGGAGGUGGGGGCUUUGGGCAAGCAAUGGUUCCUUCUGGUGAAUGGAGAAGAGGGGAGAGGGUUCCUGAAGGGCCGUCGGGGGGCCGGGGACGAGGAUAUGGCGGGGGAUAUGGAGGAGGCUUUGGUGGAGGCAGGGGUAGAUAUUAA